CAGAGUCAAGGAGCCCCUACACUCUUGCCAUCAGAUGGAGGGGAAUGGAAAAGAGUUGCUGCUCUGAGAGAUGAGCUGGAAAAUAUACAGCAAAAGAAAAUCUUUGAAGGGAAUAAGGAAGAAACACAACAGAGAGAAGAGCCAUGUGCUGCUCCUUCAGUAGACUUUCUAAUGGCGGAAAUGCCAUUUGUGGACACAGAUAUUGAAGAUGAAUGUGCUAUGUAUGCAACUUCUGAACUAAGUAUUAAGAAGAAAAGAAAGCGGACUACUGGAAGGGAAAUUGAAGAGGGCUCUGAGAGAAAGAAGAAAAAGAAUAAACAAUAUCAGCCAAAUUAUUUCAUUUCUCUUCCAAUUACUAAUCCAAAGAUUACUGGCAGUAUUCAGGCUGUCCAAGAUGCAAUAAUACAAAAGGAUCAAAGGCUUUCCAAAGCAAUGGUUCGCUCUGGCUCAUUGCAUGUCACCAUGUUAGUGAUGCAUUUAUCCAGUGAAGAAGAAAUUCGCAUAGCAGUUGGUGCUCUUUCAGACAGCAAGAUUUUUGUAGAUGAUCUCCUGAAAGGAAAAAGAGUGGAUUUGUCUUUUCAAGGAAUUGAUCACUUCAGAAAUCAAGUUGGAUUUGUGAAUUUGGCAGAAAAUGAUCAUACAACACUACUUAAGGAAAUAGCAGAGACUAUGAAAAAGAUAUUUCAAGAAAAGGGGAUCAUGACGGGAGAAGAAAGAGCUUUUAAACCACAUCUGACCUUCAUGAAGUUGUCAAAAUCAACAGAGCUACGUAAGCAGGUGAAAAAAAUUGACUCUAGUCUCUAUGAGGAUUUCAAAAACCAUUAUUUUGGAAAUGAGAUCUUGCACCGCUUUGAUCUUUGCGCCAUGUUGAAAAAAAAGCAACCAAAUGGUUACUACUACUGUGAGUCCUCUAUUGUUUUUGGUGAAAAACAAGCAGCAGAGCCAGACGAUGCAGAGCUGGUGAGCCUCAGCAAAAGGCUGGUGGAGAACGCAGUGCUGAAGGCCGUGCAGCAAUAUUUAGAAGAAACACAAAACAAAAGCAGGCAGACUGAUGGGAGCCCUGCAAAAACUGAGGAAGCAGCGAGCGGCAGCAAGAAUGAGAGCGACAAUGGUAACAGCAAGUGAGCACUGUGCACAAAGCCUGGGAGCAAAUAUCCCACCAAGAAUAACUACAAAACCAUGUUCCGCUCCCUGCUGAAGUUUGCAAAGUGGUGCUGGUGUCAGGCACUCUGCUUUGUGAGUCUCUUAUCAAAAGUUUGUUCUGAAUUGAAGGACACUGCCUACUGAUUUAGUUAGUGCGUGCACUGCUGAAAAUCUGUCGAAUGCUGGGAGGGAUGGACGGUGGAAAAAAGACAAGAGUGGUGAAGCAGGCGG